CAAAAUAGGGAUUCGGAGUAUCAAGAUAGCCAAGUUGGAAAUGGGUUGACCGAAGGCUUUCGACUGAAUGACGUUUCCGCGGCAUAAAGGGGCAAUAGAGCCAACAAUAUUGUAUGCAUGUAAAUAUACCAACCAACCAGUAUCUUCUCGCUCACUACUUCGACGCCUUUUCGUAUUCUGAGCUUCUUGUCUUUCAAACUCAUUGAUUUUUAUGUUAAUAUAUUGACUGAACAUUUUUUUUAAAAAAAUAUACUAAGCACAGAAUUACCUAUCUACUUUCUCAGCGUUGAGAUGGCCGUAAACCCCGUCGAUCCGGGCAGUAUUGCCUCUCUUAUCGAACAGCUCGGCAGCCUCGGCUCGAAACUCGAGCUGGAUAAUGCUCAAUCCACCAGAGCUGAAGCUAUACGGUUAAGCAAAAAACUCACCAUGAGUCUAGAGCGGCCUGAAGACGUUGCCGCCGAAAUGGUCUUUUCCCCUUUUAUCCCAAUUGCUGUGAGAAUCGUUGUCGAUAUGAAACUUUUGGAGUAUAUUGUGAGGCAUGAUAAACCAAUCACGUCUGAAGAACUCUCCUCGCUCUCCGGUGGAGAAGCGCUACUUAUCACUCGACUGCUCCGGGCUUUGGCCUCGGUGAAUCUUUUGAACGAAGCUGGCCAAGAAACAUGGCAAGCUACUCCAGUCACUGAGGCCAUGGCCAGUGAGGGGAUCUCUGCUGGAAUCCGAAUGAUCGGGGAGAUGGUAAUGGGGGCCGCCAGCAAGGCGCCGAAGUACCUCAAAGAAGCUGGUUAUAGCUGUCCGACGGACCCGAAUGACGGAUUCAUGCAAUAUGCUUUUCAAACAAAAUUGACUAGCUUCCAACUUUUCAACUCGAUCCUUCGAGUUCAGAAGGACUUCAAUAAUUUCAUGGGGAAUACAUUGGGAGCGAGAAAGAUAUGGCUCGACUGGUACCCAAUUCAAGAGUUGAUCGAUGGUGCAGUACCAGAUUCGGCCUUGCUUGUAGAUGUUGGCGGUGGCAAGGGCCACGAUCUUAUCGCCUUCCACGAGAGGUAUCCUCAUAAGGGUCGACUGGUGCUUCAGGACUUUGUGAUCGAUACGAUUGGAGACCUUGAUCCUGCGAUUGACCCAAUGUACUACGACUUCUUCACUGAACAACCCAUUAAAGGUGCAAGGGCGUACUACUACCAUCACAUAUUGCAUGACUGGUCUGAUUAUAAAUGCUUGGAAAUACUGAAGCAUGUAAGAGACGCCAUGAAGCCGGGGUAUUCCAAACUACUUCUACACGAAAUGAUCGUACCAGAAACCGGUGCUUCCCCAUUCCACGCUAUGCUUGACAUGACGGUGAUGUGUUUUAACGCAGGCAUGGAACGCACCGAGCGACAAUGGCGCGCAUUGUUGGAGACAGCUGGCUUCGAAGUCGUCAAAGUCUGGCCAUCCCCGGAAGUGGGGGGUAACGGUAUGGUAGAAGCAAUUGUCAAAGAAUGAAAUUUAUGCCUUGAGGUUUGAAGUAUCAUAUAUAUACAUGUCCAGGAUACUAAGAAAUCCAGACUAGAUGAUUAUGCUGGCAGUCUAUCAAGUUCAUAUAUCCUGAUACAUCAACAGAAUUUAUUUACACUUCUUGCUCGUGUCCUCAUUUACAUACGUACAUACAUCAAGGAUGAAUGAAGCUUUCACCGAAUUCGGUAACUAUAGCAGGUAUAAGAUGAAAUAGAACCGAAACUUCAAGCGUAAUAAUGGACGCAAAAGAAAAUUACUUGAUAAAUAGAAAACAACAGCAAAAAGAGAAAAAGAGCAAAAAAG